UGACAUAAAGACAUGCUUAUAUUUCGGAUAAAGUAAAAUAUUGGCUGCUUUUUUCUUCUUGACACCGUUUGGUUUAAUAUUCUUUGUUGUAUUGUAUCCUAGCAUUAGAUGAUCAAAACAUUCUUAUUUCUAAAGCUAUUCGUGGUCUGUUACUUCAUAUUUAAUAUACAUUUUUUGUAGAAAUGCAAAAAUGUGUUACCCACAAUGGACGCCAUAUUGACGUUUUUUGCACAUUACAUCAGCCCAGCCCACUCGGCCAUGACUUCACCCAGAUGCUGUUCGCUCCUGUAAACCUUGUCACAUAACACACAGUUGCUUAUCUGAUAUCGGUUUUAUUUCGUUGAUUUCACUGUAAAAAUCAUCAUCGAGUGCUGCGCGGUUGACGCCACAAAAAGAGAAGGAUGCAAACCUAGCGUAAUGUUGUCUUAAACCUUUGGCGAGGAAAGAAGAUGGCGACGAUAGCAGCUGUUGAUUGUAGUCGCGGAUUUGCAGCAAAACCUUUUUACAAGGAUCUACAGAGUUCUGGUGGAUUUGGAGGCUUCAGCUGAUUUUUCUCCAGUUCCAGGAGGUUUACACUCAACAUGGUGUUAAGAGCGAAGGCCUGCAGGCGCCGCUCAAACCUCCAGAGAGCUGCUGUAAUGGAGCGGCGCCUCGCCGAGCGACACGAAGCAGGCGGAGGUUAAAACAUUCUGUUCAGGAUGUGGAACCAGCAUCAAACUGCUGCUUCCACACGGCGGCGCGGCGCGGAGCGGCCCGCGGCGCCGAAUCACUCAUUCUGACGGCUCAGGAAUAAAUUAAUGACCAUAAAUAUAAACUUAAAACUAUAGACACAUAAAUGCACUAAAAUAUUAAAACAAGCAAUUAAAUUAAAAAGAUAAACAUAUAAAAUGCACAGUAUGAAUUAAAUAAAAAAUAUGCAAAGCUUCUAUAAGGAUGAACCGUGAAAAAACUAAUUUUAUCGGCUUUGUGACAUAUGUCUGAUUUAUUAGAGCAAAUAAUACAAAAGCAUUAGGUUUUUAUUAUCAGAUCAUUUAAUAAAACAAUUAUUUUAUCAGUAAAUCAGAAAAUGUUGGUAUUUUCUGUUAACAAAACUAUUAACUCUAUGAAAAUGUUUGUAUUUCUGAUAAAUGGACCUGAAAUCUGCCUUUCAGUCUGUUUAUAUAAAACGGUGAGGAAAAAAAUAAAAAAUUAUUCCUAGAAUUAAAAUAAUGAAAAAGAUUUAAAUAUAUUUAAUGGGUGUCUGCAGUAAAACUUUAUUUUGGUGCAAAUUGUAAUAGAAAAAAGUCCAUAUUUUUAUUAAAUUGAUCAAUUAUCUGAUCAUUAAACAGAACUUGAAUUAGUAUUUAGUUUUUUUCUGUUUAAAUUUAUUGGAUUAUUUUACCAGAAGUCCAUGUUUGUAGUUUCUCCGCCCCGUCGAUCCCGUCCGGAUCAGGUGAAACGGAUCCGGUCGGGUGUCUGCGUCGUCGCUGCUGCUGCUGCAGAUCCACGCGUCUUAUUGUGAAAGGACAACGAACCCAAACUGCUGCAGCAGAAUGUGAAACGCGGCCGCAUUCAAUCACAGACGUCAGCUCUGCCUCUGCGGUGGGAACCAAAACGUCUGGGUUCUGUUUCCUCUUUGUUGGGAGUUUUCAACCCGAACGCAACAACAUCAAUUAGCCAGAACCGACGCCUGCGGACUCUUUAAACUUCUUCUCUCCCAGAGAAGCCGGCUGGAAAAUGUGUGUUUACAGUUUGCAGGCUGUGUGUGCAGGAUUAUGGUAAUAACAGGCUGCCGGGCCGCGCCGGUGGGCGGGCGGACGGGCGGGUCCGCGGACCCUUAUCAGCGCGUUGCAGCGGUUCUUCACCUUGAUUCUCUGCUUUAUCACCAAAACCAGACGAAGACGCUUCUGGAAGCCCGAACGAUCUGAUGCCAUCAGCGGCGGCUCUUAUCUUCACCCAGGUUUGCAGGAGGCGACCCAGAAGCGGCGAGAGGCGGCGCUGACCUUCAGGCUGGAGAGCAGGACCGGGUUCUUCUGCUGGUUCUUCUGCAGGAUGGGCUGAAGCUGUCCGGUUUCCAAGGAGACGGCAGGCGGAGGGGUAGUGAGCCCACACACGCUGCGCUCUCGCUCACCGCUGGACGUUCGUCUCUGCUCAACUUCCUCCAGAUGUUUGGCUGCAUCAGCAUCGCUUCAGUCCGGCGGAGCGGCGAGGGACGCCGCCGCUUUAAGAACACUUAAUUAAGAGUCAAUGAUCACCAAUUGAGCCAUUGAGCCGGCGCGUCCAGAUUUCCAGCCUCAGCUGCGUCCGUCACGCUCCACGCUCACGUCUCUCCUCCCACUGGAGGAAUUAUCUGCCCCGUGUCCGGGGGGGGUAAAACAUGCUGUCCGCCGCCGUUCAGAUCCUGGCGUUCGCCCUGGCGCUGCUGGGCGUCCUGGGCGCCACCGUGGCGACGCUGCUGCCCAACUGGAAGGUGAGCGUGAAUGCGUGGAGCAGCAUCAUGACCCCCAUCUCUCAGAUGCAGGGUCUGUGGGCGGACUGCGUGUGGUACAGCUCCGGCGUCUUCAGCUGCACCAUGAAGGACUCGGUGCUGUCGCUGCCGCCGUCGCUGCAGAUGAUGCGGGCCGGCAUGGUUCUGUGCUGCAUGGUGGCGGCGUUUGGGCUCUGCCUCGGCUCUCUGGGGCUCAAAUGCACCCAGUGGGGCGGCAGCCAGCGGGCGAAGGGCCACACGGCGAUGGCGGCAGGCGGCUGCUUCGUCCUGGCCAGCCUGCUCUGCCUGGUUCCGGCGGCGCUCUUCACCAACGAGGUCAUCACUGCCUUCCUGACCACCGACCUGCCGGACAGCAGCAAGUACCAGCCCGGCGGCGCGCUCUGCGUCACCUUCAUCGCCGCCGGGUUCCUGCUGGCCGGAGGAGUCAUCUUCUGUCUGUCCUGUCCGGGAAGCAGGUCCGCCGGACCGGACAGCGUCUCAAACUCUGACUCGAUCAGGCUGGAAAGGAGGCAGGAGCCGAAAGUGGAACCCAAACAGAAGAAGAAGAAAAGCGUGCGGCUGCAGACGGAUGAGGUGAGGCAGGAGAAAACGGUUCUGGACCGGCAGAAACUCCCACAGAAAGACCUGAAGGACAACUACAGCCUGCAGGAGUACGUCUGAUGCUCAGACGGAGGGGAAAUGUGGCGUUCAGGCGUCUGAACUGGGGGAGGUGUGUGUGUGUGUGUGUGUGUGUGUGUGUGUGUGUGUGUGUGUGUGUGUGUGUGCGUGUGUGUGUGGAGGGGAUAAUUACUAAAUGUUGUAAAUGACAGAUUGUAGAUUCAGCUGAAUGCGUCAGAAGCAGAGCAGGACUCUAAAGGAAAAAAAAAAAAACCUCAGAGACACAAAAGGCUGAAAACCUUUAAAACCCGACGGCUGCAGCGUCACUGAAACCAAAAACCUGAAGACAAAAAAACGUUUCAGCUCAAACUGAAACCAAAAAGCCAUUUAAACCAGCCAGUUUUCUGCCUUCAGAUAAAACUGAUGCUCCAACAGGGCUGCAACCACCAUUUCUGGGGACGGGGCCCCAAUGCAACAUUACACUCAACGCUCUUUUAUUUUUAUGCUGUUUUUCUUGCAGUGCAUGAAAAAAAAAGUUUCAUUCUAGAUCUAAACUGAAUUACUUUGUUUCCUUUAUUACCUGCAGAGUGAAUAACAAAAAAAUCCUGAGAACAGCUGCAGAUGAAAACUGGAAAGUUAGGAAAGCAAACCUAAAGCUUAUUUUUCCAUUUUUAUCUGCUGAGGAAAAAAAUACGGACAGAACAAAAUUAAAAAUGUACAGGAGCAUCAUGCAUGUUUCAUCUCUGCACAAAAACUCCAUCCAGUGGAUCACAGUAAAUGAAGUAAAAUAUUUUCCCUAUUAUCAGAUUUUUUCUGGGUUCAAUUUCCGUUAAAUUUAUUUUUAUUAUUGCACAUUCUGUGGAAACUGAGUAAAACUGCAGGGACAUUAAGUAAAUGUACUGAUUAGCAGUCUGAUGUUCCCACAAUUAUUGUUUUAGCAAAAAAAAAUCACAAUUGGGGUUUUUAAAAAUGUGUCCAGAUUUGUACCAAGGAUAAUCUAAGAAGCAACUUAAAAUAAAAUAACAAGGGUAAAGUAAUUGUAUUAUAAGGAUAAACUUGUACGAGAAUAAAGUCAUAAUAUUAUGGAAAUAAUGUCAAAAUAAUGCAAGAAUAAAGGUGUAAUUUGAGAAUAAAGUCAAAAUUACCAGAAUAAAGUUAUAAUAUUAUGACUUUAUUCUGGUAAUUUGUUUAAUCUUCGUAGUGUAACCCCAAAAAACUUUAUCCCAACUUGUUACUUUAGUUCAAAUGAAUGUAUAUGAUCAGCUUUAAAGGACACAAACUUGUUUCCCCCACAGCAACAAUUAAAAAACAUGAUCGCCACCUACUGGCAGAGUAUGGUAAUGGUCAAAAUUAAAGAGCAAAUAUAAUUUAAAGUUACCGCAUCAGUAUCUGCUAAACAUCAUGUUGGUCUAGUGACUUAGCAUAGUGUUUAGCGUAGCUAACUUAGUUAGCGGUUUUCAUAGUAAUGAAAACAUGACAAACAUCCUUGACAGGUUGCCAGAGAGAAAACAUCAGUUUCUCCAGAUUUUGAAUAAUUAAUUUGUUACAGUUGAUUAUAUUAAAAUGUAGAUUAUUUUGAAAACCCCACUAGGUGGCGAUAAUGGCAUCAAAAUACAUGAUGCUAGCAGUGCUAGGCUAGCAGCCUUUCAGAUCUUUUUUUAGUUCAUCUUUUAUUUGUCGCUGUUCGUUUUUUCUGUUCUGUUUCUAAAUUCUGCAGUUGAUACUUGAAGUUCAUUGGAAACAAUGUGCAGUUUAACUGGAACGUCUCGGUUUGUUUGUUUUUUCUCACCUUGACCAGCGACUGGGUGAGAAAAUCCACAUCAUUGUAAAAAUGUUCACUAAGCAAUUAGAUGCAGAUUUUUCUUUAUUAAUUUGUGAAAAGGUGACUUUAACAAACCAACACCUGCCUUGGACAGGCAGCCUGUGUUUGCAGAUUGCUGAGGAACCUUCCAGGAGAUUAUCUGGAAAAUUGCUUUGAUAGCCUCUUUUCUGUUUUAAUGACUGCUGAGAAAAUCACAGCUUCUGAAUGUGUGCUGAAUUUUUAUUGAACGCUGCUGCCUUCACCAUGUCUGCUUUGGGUUUGCUCUGAUCUCAUCAAUAAUUUCUAGAAAUCCUUCACUUUCUGCUUCAGCUGAACACUCUUGUAUGAGAAGCAAUAAAAUAUGUUGAGCUUCUU